GUAUAAAAGUGAACAGGAGUCAGUGAUUGCCACUCACACUUGCUACACGCUGUCAAGGAUUACAGACGGCAGCAGAGAAGACUCAUUGAUUGAACCGAGGACACGACUGGAUCUUUAAACUUGCAAUCAACAUGUCAAAGGUAUUCAAGAAGACCAGCGGCAACGGACAUAUUGCCCUGUACUUGGGGAAGCGAGACUUUGUGGACCAUGUGGACUCAGUGGAAGUAGUUGACGGUGUUGUUAAAGUGGACCCUUCUGGUCUGGAAGGCAGAAAAGUAUAUGUGUACCUUGCUUGUGCCUUCCGCUAUGGAAGCGAUGACUUGGACGUCAUCGGGCUGUCCUUCAGGAGAGACAUCUGGAUCAAGCGAGUUCAGGUGUAUCCACCUACAGAAGCAGCCACAGCCAAAACACCAAUGCAGGAAUCCCUCAUGAAGAAAGUAGGAGAGCAGGGAUGUCCCUUUUCCUUCCAGUUGCCAACAGAUCUGCCAUGCUCAGUCUCCUUACAGCCUGGACCAAAUGAUGCUGGCAAGGCUUGUGGUGUGGACUUUGAGGUGAAAGCAUACCUUGCCAACUCACCAGACAAUGCAGAUGAAGUCAUUGAAAAGAAGGACACGUGUCGCUUGAUGAUCCGCAAGAUCCAGUUUGCACCAGCAACCAACAAGGCCGGACCCAAGGCUGAAAUUUCCAAGCAGUUUAUGAUGACUGACAAACCUGUUCACCUGGAGGCAUCUCUUGGCAAAGAGAUUUACUACCACGGAGAUCCAAUUACUGUUAGUGUGAAAAUCAACAAUGAAACCGCCAAGGUUGUGAAGAAGAUCAAAAUCUCAGUUGAGCAGUUAACAAGUGUGGUGCUGUACUCAUCUGACACUUACACCAAGGCAGUGUGCACUGAGGAGUUUGGGGAGACAGUAAACGCCAACUCUACAUUUGAGAAGACCCUCCAAAUCACCCCUCUGCUGGCCAGCAACAAAGAGAAGAGGGGUCUUUCAGUGGACGGGCGGCUAAAAGAUGAGGACACCCACCUAGCAUCCACCACCUUGAGCUCAGGGGAAAAGGAGAUGCAGGGAAUCAUUGUAUCCUAUAAAGUCAAGAUUAAUCUGAUGGUGUCCAGCGGAGGCCUGCUGGGUGGCCUGACAGCAAGCGAUGUGACUUUGGAGCUUCCUCUGACUCUGAUGUCCCCAAAACCUGCAGAAGUCACAUUGGAUUAAAAGCCUUUUUAGUUCAGGACAGACAUUUCAAUCGAGACCAUGGACGGUUGAAACAGCAAGUGAGAGAAAAUCACCUCUCUGAAAGAAAACUCAGAACACAAAGGAACUCAACGUUAAUGAAGAACUGCAGUGUGUUAUCCUGUUGCAACAAUGUUCUAAUUUCCCCUGUUAAAAUACAAUUUUAUUAGGCAUUCCCAUAAAAGCCCAUAAGAAAAGUCUAAACUCCAGAUGCUGUAAUAGCAAAAAAUUAAACAUGGAUUUUGCAUCUUUCUUUACUUAAGAAAAUGUCCCUUAGUAGAGUGUAUGUUUUUUCUUAUAAUGUGCUAUAAAUAUUAAACUGGAAAGCAUUAUUUAUCCAUAAUCUUUAUUGCUGUCAUUAGAAUCAUGAUGUUUUGUGAAAAAUUUUACAGCUGUGGGCGGAAUAUUGUCUAAGAUCUCCUUGCGUAAGUGUAAUCUUGAUUGUCAUGAACGUGAAUAAACACAUUGUUUCCCCAA